AUGACUAGUGCAGCGGCUACCAGUUCGUCUACGACUGCGUCAUCGUCGACGGAGAAUAUUGCGGAAGUGGUGAAACCUAUCAAGAAGUCGACUUUCAUGAUGCUCAGUCCAGAAGUUGCUUCGUAUUUCGUGGCUGGAGGAUGUGCGGGAGCAGCUUCGAGGACCGUCGUCAGCCCUUUGGAACGGCUGAAGAUCAUUCAACAGGUACAGCCGCGGGGCAGUGAUGCACAAUACAGGGGAGUAUGGCGAAGUUUACUUAGGAUGUGGAAGGAAGAAGGCUUCCAGGGCUUCAUGAGAGGGAAUGGGAUUAACUGUCUGCGCAUAGUUCCAUACAGUGCCGUCCAAUUCACUACCUACGAGCAGCUGAAGAAGUGGUUUACUAAACAUGGUUCGAAAGAACUCGAUACCCCGAAACGACUGGCUAGUGGUGCGCUCGCUGGUAUCACCUCUGUCUGUUCGACAUACCCCCUGGACCUCGUGCGCUCCCGACUAUCGAUUGCGACUGCUUCUAUAUCCCUCGCCGCAGCACCCCUUGCGACGAAGACCGCACCUGCAAACGCGGUCGCAGGGCAACAAGUCAAGCUCGUGUCUGCUUACCACACUUCGUCAGCCGUUGCCUCCGGCUUGAAGAAUGCGGCCACUUCUACCUAUACCAAGGCCGAUUUGACGAUAUGGGGCAUGACGUUAAAGAUCAUGCGUGAGGAAGGUGGCGUGCGCGCCUUGUACCGUGGGUUGGUGACGACCGCUGUAGGCGUGGCGCCCUACGUCGGCAUUAACUUUGCUGCGUAUGAAUUCUUGAGAGGGAUUGUCACUCCUCCAGGAAAGAGCAGUGUCUGGCGGAAGCUGAGUUGCGGUGCACUGGCUGGCUCGAUUUCACAAACAUUAACAUAUCCUUUCGAUGUGCUGCGUCGUAAGAUGCAGGUGACCGGUAUACAGGGCGGCGCGAUCAAAUACAAUGGUGCUAUCCACGCCUUGACAAGCAUCGUACGGUCUGAAGGCAUUGCGGGACUUUACCGGGGCCUAUGGCCAAAUCUACUCAAAGUCGCACCUAGCAUCGCGACCUCUUUUUUCACAUAUGAACUAGUAAAGGAGUUCUUGAUUCCACCAUAG